UCAGUUAAUAUACUGUUACCUGACUCCGUUAGUCCAGAUUUCAGAUCCGCUCUUGCCCAAAGUGUUUCAUAAGUGGUGGGGCAGGGCAGAGAGGUGUUGUGGGCUGUCUUGCCCUCUGAGAUAUCAGAGCUGAGACAUAUAAAUUUGGGUGCCUCUAAGGUACUGGAUUUAUCCUUUGUCCUGCUGGUUGGUUGGUGAGCAAGGAACGAAAAACGCAAGAAUGAAGAUCAUGCUGCUGAGUCUUGUGAUGGUCCUACAUUGGGCAGCCUGUGCUCAGGCUGAUGUUGCUCUGCAACCAGAUUUUGACCUCCAAAAGUUUGCAGGGCUGUGGCAUGUUAUGGGUGGGGCAUCAAACUGCCCUGUAUUCCAGGCUAUGAGGGACAUAAUGGAUACAUCUGCUGCCAUUGUUACACCCCUCUCAAAUGGAGACAUGAGGAUCCUGACUGGUUUUCCUUUCCCCGAGGAAUGCAAGAAGGUAGACAGAGUUUAUAAGAAGACAGAACAGUCUGGACGCUUCUUCCAUGCUGAUGAUAUGACCAAGAGAGAUCUGCGUGUGAUGGAUACAGACUAUGACAACUAUGCUUUCCUGUACACCUUUAAGGAGACUGAAGAUGAUCCCAGCACCACCACCAUUCAGAUAUACACCAGAAACCCUGUUGUAAGUCCAGAGAUGAUGGAGAAAUUCAAGAAACAUUGUCAUGAUGUGGGGCUCACCGAUGAUUUGAUGGCGAUGUUACCCCAAUCUGAUAAAUGUGUCAAGGCUCUCAGUGGCUGAAGAGGAUCUGACCUGCCAGCAACCAAAGUCUGUUCUGUCCCCCUCACAGAAAUUUCAGCAGCUCAUCAAUCAUGGCUGCUUCUCCUCACAUCUCAGUAUCUCCUUUCCCCCCCAAUCCUUUCAUUAUUUUCCUCUUUUGUUGAUGAGGGCUCUGUCUUACCCAUAUGAAGGACUUUGUCUCUUUCUACUGAAUAAACAGUUUUAAAA